UACCUUAGCUCUGAUCGCAUUGGUACUCUGCCGCGGAGGAUUAGUCCGCCUUCUGUAUGAAAGAUGAGAGAGCAAGUCGGAGGUUGGCUUAACUUUUAGCCGACCAGUCGGCGAGCUUGUACAAUGAAACCGGGAUUUUUUUUUUUUGCGGUGUAACUCUCAUUACUAACCGCUUCGUCUUUACAGCUGCUCAUUGUUUAUACGGACAGGGAAAUGUGUCCGUUCAUGUGGGAGAAUACAACAGAUCGUGCAGUGAUGCGGACGCAUAUAAUGUGAGCUUGGCUAUAAUCCAUCUGCAGUUUUCUUAUUCGAGACUGAAGAACGAUAUAGCUCUAAACCGUCCGAUCUGCAUUAACUUGGAUGACCCGGUAAACUCAGCUGCAGUCCAGAAAUACUCGACUCGACCUUUGGGUGGGAAUUGCUCAAUCACUUGGCUUAUAUUCGCUCGGAAUGAUGUCCGCCAUGAUUUCGUUGGCUCUGUUCGCAUUGGUGCUCUGCCACGAGGGAUUAUCUCAACUCCUGGAUGAAAAGUGCGUCGGCCAGGCGGAGAUUGGCUCAAAAGUACGCAGUGGGCACAGUGCUCCUUGGAUGGCAAGCAUACACAACACCACGGGAUUUGUUUGCGCUGGAACACUUAUCCACAGACAAUUUGUCCUUACCGCAGCUCAUUGCAUUGAACAUCAGAAAACACUGUUUGUGCAUUUGGGAGAGAGCGACAGAUUGUGCCUUCAUUCGCAAUGCAGAGAUGUGGAAUCAUAUAAUGUGAAGGAGGCUAUAGUCCAUCGAAAUUUUACAGAUUUUACAAGUAAUUUAGGUCUGCUGAGAUUGGAAACUGCAGUAAGUUAUAAGGCUCAUAUCCUGCCAAUAUGUAUAACUUUGGAUGAUUGGAUAAGCCCGGAAAAAGUCCCAACUUUGGAGGCCAUUGGCUGGGGUAAAUCGGAUUUCGGACUGCAGACUAGCUUUGUAACUCGGCGAAAGUCGGAGGAAUGUCGACAAAGAGGAGUUAUUUGCACUGCUGAAGGGGUAGUCAAUUCCGGAGGUCCACUGGCGGUCAGUUUAAAUUACCGGGGGAGAAUGAUCACCGCACAGUUUGGGAUCAUGAGCUAUGACGGUUCGGUCCAUACGGAUGUAUUGGCCUUUAAGGACUGGAUAGGUAAUAUUGUGAGCGGUUUCGGAGCCAGAGAGGAGGAGGAGGAGCUUUUGUUCGAGCAGUGCAGUAGCAAUUGGACCGGCGGAGUUAUUGUGCGCCUUUGGGAGGUGUCACUACUUCACAACACUUUUACUGGCUCGCUAAUUACAGAUCAAUUUGUCGUAACUGUUGCAAGCGCCCUUCCCACAGAAGCCACACCAAUCAAAGUGGAAACAAGAUAUCAUCAGAGCUUUAAUGUUGAAUCCAUCCGCAAGCAUCCCCAAUUCACACAUUUAUCAGGAUCAAUGAAGAACAAUAUUGCUUUGCUUAAACUUACUGAGAAGAUGCCAAAUUCAAAUCUUGUGAAACCGAUCUGCAUUGGAUUGAACCCAAAAACCCCAAGGACAUUGACUGCACUUUUCGUUGCAAACAGAAAUAAUCAAAUCGGAGUUCGAAAAGUAAAUCUAAGCCGCAUCGACAGUUCCAUUUGCUCCAGAGUCAUUCGAGUUCCAGUUGAAUCUAGUGAAUUUUGUGUCGAGAAACCUAGCGAUUUUAUUUAUGACAAGCCUGGUUCAGUUCUAGGUUCAUUUCAAAAUGUCAAAGGUGUCGAUAGAUACCUUCUAGUUGGCCAAAUAAGCCUUGUUAGGAAUGGCCUUAUCGUUUUUACAAAUAUUAAGAGUUACAUCAAUUGGAUAAAAGAAACGGUGAUUUAAAACCAAAAAUAAUACAAGCCCUUUUGUUUGCUUUGAACCAUUAUAGCUAAAAUUCCCAAUGAAUUUGAUUUCAAACACAUUGACACAGAGGGUCGAAUUAUUCAUCUUCUCAGCCUAUCUCGUCUCUUUUAGAUUAUAAAUGUGGCAAAAUUCCCGAGCUCUUGACCU